GAAUACGUAGGUUCGCAUCCAUCGGGCUACGACCCGAUACCAGGACCAGAGCCCCGCAUCGCAGGCAAGGCAGAAACUCCAACUCUCAUGGCGGCAUCUCCCCACGACGAAAUGGCGACGCCCAAUCCCCUGAACCCCACCGGCGGCGAAAACCCUCUGCCGCCGCUCAACGGCCACGAUUCCGCCCCUCAACCCGACCUCCGAACGCCAUCGGAUCGUAAUGCCGCCGCCGCAGCAGCCGCAGCGGCCGACGGCGACGAUGCGGUUUCGGGCCAGAAACGCAAGAGAGAGGCCGAAGGCGACGGCUCCGAUCACCCGCCGCUUCCCCCUCUGUGGAAAACCAGCCUCUGCUCCUACUUCAGGCGCGACUCCGGGUCCUGCAGCCACGGCGCCGAGUGCAGGUACGCGCACGGCGAGGAGGAGCUGAGGCUGCGGCCCGACAACACGUGGGACCCCACUUCGGAGAAGGCGAAGAAGGCCUCGAGGGCGGCGAGCGGGGACAGGCGCGACGGCGCUUCGGAGAGCGCGAAGGAGGACGUGCUGAUGACGGAGAUGGUGGCCGAUGACGACGGCGGCGAUGGCGAGUUGAGCAAGUGCAUAGUGCAUUUGCCCAGGAAGUGGAGCUCCGAUCAGUUGCGGAAGUUUCUCGAUGAGCAGGGAGUUGUUCAUAAAUCUGCGAAGAAAAAGAAAGGCAUGGUUGUUGGUUUUGUUACUUUUGAAGAUGUGGAGCAAUUAAAAAGUGCAAUUGAGGGCCUUGAAGGAAAAUCUAUUGGCAGCAAGAAUAUAAAAAUCGCGGAUGUUCUUCCACGAUCAUUUGAGAACAAAGCAAAACAAGGAGUGGUGGUGCCCCAAAGAGGAUCUCUUAAUGAUGAAUCUGAGGAGAUUUCUGUCUCAGAUGGAUUAAGGAACGACUGCUCUGACAACAAUACUCCAGCACUUGGUGGUUCAUCUACGAGGGCAAGAAGUGCUCGUGACGUGGUGACUCCCCUUGCCCAUAUGUCUUAUGUUGAUCAGUUGGUACACAAAGUAAACGCUCUAAUGCAAAUGCUGAAAAGACUGACCAGAAACGCACGCAAAGCUUGUCCUAGCGGUGUCUCACUUCCAGAUUGGAUUCUCAAGUCGAAAGAAAGAGGUGGUCUUCCAUGCGAACUAGAAGGUAUAAUGGAAUCCCCCCUUACUGAUGGAUACCGCAAUAAGUGUGAGUUUUCAGUUGGAUAUUCGCUCCAAGGGAAACCGACUGUAGGUUUCAUGCUUGGAAACUACAGGGAAGGGGUGACUGCAGUUGAAGAGCCAAUUGACUGCCCAAAUGUGUCUAGAAUUGCAUGCAAGUAUGCUUCGAUCCUUCAGGACUUUCUGCAAUGCUCAGGCUUUCCAAUUUGGAAUAGAUUCAACAAUACUGGGUUCUGGCGUCAACUGACGGUUCGAGAAGGAAGGACAAACCGGAAAAGCUGUGAAUCUGAAAAUAGUGAGAGCUGCAUAGCAGAAGUCAUGCUUAUUAUUCAGGUUUGUUCAGUGGGCCUUGAUAAUGCCAUCGUCAGCAGUGAAUUUGAGAGGCUGGUUCAAGCAUUUGUGGCUGGAGCUGCUGAAAGUGCACCCUCGAUGCCGCUAACAGCUGUAGUUGUUCAGGAUCACCAAGGAAUAUCGAAUGCAGCACCAGCCGAUGCUUCACUGCGCUUGCUACCCAUUCCUCAGCCAAAUAAUGGCGCUUCAGCAGAGUCCACAAAGGAUGGUAAAGAAGCAAGGAUUCAUGAUUACAUAAGCAAUCUCCAGUUUUGUAUAUCACCAACAGCUUUCUUCCAGGUUAACACCCUUGCCGCAGAGAAGCUUUAUUCACUUGCUGGUGAUUGGGCUGGUCUGGAUCAGGAUACCCUGCUCUUUGAUGUAUGCUGUGGUACUGGGACAAUUGGUCUCACUCUGGCACAUCGUGUCGGUAUGGUGGUAGGCAUUGAAAUGAAUGCUUCUGCUGUUUUGGAUGCUCAAAGAAAUGCAGAGAUCAAUGGCAUAAGAAACUGUAAAUUUGUCUGUGCAAAGGCUGAGGAUGUCAUGGGAUCUCUUCUGAAGGAGUACCUGCAUGCUAUAACACAGAAUCUAGAUGAGGUUACAAGUGCAUCACAAAGUCACGAGGAAACUAUUUCCGCUGAAAGUGAAGGCGCUGUUGCGAAUAAGACGCUGGAAACUGAAAAUGGUUCAAAUAAUUGUCCUGAAAUCAACCAGGAGGCAUCUGGUUCUUCAGGAAUUAAGGAACAAGUAUCGGAAUGCCCAGAAGAAAAGAGUUCUACAUCAGGAUCUGGAAGUACUCCGGCACAGCAGUUUAAGAAAGUUGUUGCCAUUGUUGAUCCUCCACGUGUGGGGCUCCAUCCAAUUGUCAUCAAAGCUCUGAGAACUCAUUCACAUCUCCGAAAACUUGUAUACAUCUCCUGCAAUCCUGAAAGCUUAGUGGCAAAUGCUAUUGAGCUCUGCACACCCAGUCCUGAGAAUAAUGAGAAAGGGAAAAAAGAUAACCGGGCUUGGAGAAACAUGAGCAGUGCCGGCCUUGCACGGCACAGGGUAAAGUCUAUGCCCAACUCAGAGCCUUUCCAUCCAGUAAAAGCCAUGGCUGUCGAUCUUUUCCCACAUACUCCACACUGUGAACUGGUUAUGCUUCUGGAGAGAUAAGGAAUUGCCUUCUCCAUAUACAUGCGUUAUCUUGCGAGCAGCUUUGGCUUAAUAGGCUUCACAAGAUGCUUUUACUUGGCAGGUCUUUACGUAACAUUAGUCACGUAGAAUUGCUCUAACAAAGAGGGCUUUACCUCCUACCAUCGUCCCUCCCCUUCAGAAAGAGAGUCUGUCUUAGGUUAUUCCUCCUUUUUCCCUUCAGUUUCUCUUGCUUUGCAACUUGUUAUGUUUUACAUCUUGAAUUUUGUGAUUCUUUUAACAUAAUCGAGGUGGAUGUCUUUGCA